GAUGGCAUAUCUCGUCCGGGAACUCCUUCUACCGUUCAUUCCACAUCCAGCGAAUCUUCCACCCCCAUAGCCGCAGAGGACUCUCACAGGUCUCCUCCAGAUCUAGGUCUCCGCCAGGAACAAUCCUGUGCUAGCACUGUCCUUCCACCCCCUGUCAUCGUCCCUCGCCACCAGCGUCGAGGCCUCCUCUCGCGCUUCACUCUCAUUCCCGAAGUGACCAACCCCUAUUGCUACACCGGCCGUACAAAAUGGGCUGUCACAGCUGUCAUUGCACUCUCCGCCGCAGCCGCCCCUAUGGGUUCCGCAAUUAUCUUACCCGCCCUCGCUCUAAUUGCUGACGAUCUUGGUGCCACGCCCACCGUCACGAAUCUGUCAGUUGCGUUAUAUAUGCUUAGUAUGUCCAUCUUUCCACUAUGGUGGAGUUCGUUCAGUGAGCAGCUCGGGCGGCGCUCCGUUUUGAUCUUUUCGUUCUUCCUCUUCGCCGUAUUCGCACUACUGAGCGCCGUCUCAACCAAUAUUGCCAUGCUGAUCGUAAUGCGAGUACUAUCUGGCGGCGCGGCGGCGAGCGUGCAGGCGGUAGGUGCGGGGGGUAUAGCGGAUAUAUGGGAACCAAAAGAGCGUGGAAAAGCAAUGGGUAUCUUUUAUCUCGGCCCGCUAUGUGGACCAUUACUUGCCCCGAUCUUUGGAGGGGCAAUGGCGGAAACGCAAGGCUGGAGGUCCACACAGUGGUUCCUGUUUGCAUUCGGUGUGGCCACAACAAUAUUGCUAACAUUUGGUCUCCCUGAAACCUUACCGAGGAGCUCAAUUCUGCCGGUUCGAACCACGAAAUCGAACUCUGCUCCUCGAGUCGAACCUCUUACUAAAAUAUCCACAACUAAAUCUGUCCAUUUGAAAACCAAGCGGUUCCUUGGUUUCUUCCGUCGCUCCAUCAUCGAUCCUCUCUCCAUAAUCCUGCUCCUUCGCUUCCCAGCCGUGGCUAUUACAGUCUACUACGCAUCCAUUACAUUUGGUUCCCUCUAUUUCCUCAACAUCUCCGUCUCCAGCAGCUUUUCCCAUGCACCAUACAACUUCUCCACUCUCAUUGUUGGGUUGCUCUAUAUCCCAAGCAGCCUGGGGUAUUUUCUCACCAGUGUUUUCGGUGGACGCUGGCUGGAUUAUGUCAUGAUAAGGGAAGCGAAGAAACGGGGAACCGUAGACGAAAGGGGCAAGCUGCUCUUGAGUCCGGUCGACCGGAUGCAGGAGAACGCCUGGAUCAGUGCGAUCCUGUUUCCGGGUGCGCUCCUCUGGUACGGCUGGACUGUUGAGAACGGCAUUCACUGGAUCGUGCCGAUGAUUGGCAACUUUUUCUUCGGCAUGGGUUCCAUGAUCGUCUUCGCUAUGUCCGCCACGAUGCUUACGGAGUUUCUCCCCGGCCGAGCCUCCAACGGUGUGGCGGUCAACAACUUCGUCCGCAACAUUUUCUCCUGUGUCGGCGCCCUGAUUGCCGAGCCACUGAUUGGAGCCAUUGGGAAUGGUUGGCUCUGCACAAUAUUAAGUCUUGUGGCCGUUAUCAGCGGCUCCUUUGUCAUCCUCACCAUGAAGAAGUAUGGGGAGGCUUGGAGACAAAAGAUGACGGAGCAGUUGGAGCUUAGGGAUACUGAGGAUUGAUGGUCACGACUUCUGCAUUGUGGCGUUUGAUGGGAUAGUUCUGCUGCAUUAGAAUAGACUUGGCGUUUCUUGUCACGCAACGUUACACCAUUGGGCUGGUAUUGCUAUCUAUGGGUGGUGACAAUAUUAAGAGACGGACAAACAGGAUUCGGUUGGGGUAGGGAGCGUAUUAUAGAACACCAGAAGACUUCAUUUCAUUGUCGAAUAAAAACAGCGAUUGUUCAUUCUUCCAUUUCCAGUUCCAGAAUGGAGUACACGCUUCCGGCCGGC